CCGAGCAGGCCAGUGAGGGAGGCGUGGCUCCUCCUCCUCCCGUCUCCGCUCCUUUCCCGGCGUGCACCGCGGCGGCGCUGGCUGUCUCUGGCCACGUCCCCGGGCCACGUCGCUCGGUGCCCGCUGAGGAGGAGCGCUCGCCAUCUUCGCUUCGCUCCCGGGCUCUGCUGCCGCCGCCAUGAACGUCUUCCGCCUGACCGGGGACCUCUCCCACCUGGCGGCCAUCAUCAUCCUGCUCCUCAAGAUCUGGAAGACCCGCUCCUGCGCCGGUAUAUCUGGGAAAAGCCAGCUUCUCUUUGCAAUGGUCUUCACUACGCGGUAUCUGGAUCUCUUCACGUCAUUCAUUUCAUUUUAUAACACAUCUAUGAAGCUUAUCUACAUUGCGUGCUCGUAUGCCACAAUCUACCUGAUUUACAUGAAAUUCAAGGCUACCUAUGAUGGAAACCAUGAUACCUUCAGAGUGGAGUUUCUUGUGGUUCCAGUCGGUGGGCUGUCUUUUCUUGUCAAUCAUGACUUCUCACCUCUAGAGAUCUUGUGGACCUUCUCCAUCUACCUGGAGUCAGUUGCUAUCCUCCCCCAACUUUUUAUGAUCAGUAAAACGGGAGAAGCGGAGACCAUCACUACUCACUACCUGUUCUUCUUGGGCCUGUACCGUGCCUUGUACCUUAUCAACUGGAUUUGGCGCUACUACUUUGAGGGGUUCUUUGACCUCAUAGCUGUUGUUGCUGGCGUGGUCCAGACUAUCCUGUACUGUGACUUCUUCUAUUUGUAUGUUACAAAAGUACUUAAAGGAAAGAAGCUCAGUUUGCCAGCAUAAGUGCCAAAACCAAUCGCCAGCAUCUGCCAUCUUGGAUGCUUAGACAGAACAAUCCUUACCACAAGCAAAAGGUGAAGAUGCUUGAGACAGGCAGUCCAUGACAUUUUCUUGUAGAAGGUCAUCGGCAGGCUCUGUAGGACCGGAGGACAACCAGCUGACUUCUGUUUGAUGCAUCUUGCCUUUAUCUUUUUUAUUACUAUGUAUAAAGAUUUUUUUACAUAAAGAAACUUAAUACUGUGUGAAUUAAUUCAGUGUGUAGUUUCAAUUGGAAUAGUUUUAAAAGUGAGUUUUUUGUGGGAUUGUUUAUGACCAGGAAUAAGUGCAAACACUGCUUAUUUUCAAAGGGUUCUUUUUAGAUCGUUCUGGGACACACAAGUGUGUGAGGGAUGGUGACCGUUCUGUUGAUUGCAAAUUUCAUUCCACUGUAUUUAUUUUUCCAAAAAUUGAACAUGUGUCGGCCGAAAUCAAACUACAAACGCCAGAAUUCUCAUGGGUAGGAUCUUGUAAUUUCAUGCAUAUUCAUCAAUUAUUUUUCUUUCUAUUUUAAAAUAGAGAUCCCUCAUAGUCUCUGCUAACACAUAUUGUCCUCUGCCUCUGUUACCUUUUGAAGACAUUAGCUUGCAAGUAUUUGGUGCCAAUGCAGAUUUUUUGAGUAAAGUUCCUUGCUUUUGUGGUUUAGCAGCAAACAUUUAUAUUUUUCAUGCAGGACAAAAUGUUUCCACACAUUUAGGGUGCAUCAAACUACUUCUGUUAACAGCAACCUGAAUGUGGCAGUGAUAAGGAUGAACCUGUGAUAGUUGUCCAUCUAAAGUAAUCUCUUGAUGGAUGUUUUUAACUAUGUCUACAACUUUUUUUAAGAGACUACUUUUACAAGUAAUGUCCAUGUUUGGCUUCGAGCAGUUUUAGAUGUGCCAGUUUUGGACAAUUAAUGUGAUUUUAUAAACUUAUUCCUGAAUCAGCAGCACCAAGUACUAUUCUUUAUCAUCUUUACAUGAUUCCCUUUUUUACUGAGCUGUUGCAUGACUUAUCCUGUGUUACCAUCCUAAAUAAACAUUUUAUGAAGUGGUAUAUAUUGUGGUGGUAUUCUGGAACUGGCCUUCUACUACAACUUGUCUCGAUAAAUAGUUAUGACAUGUAAUUAUUUGAAAAUUAGUGUGCUCGUACCUGCUGUUAAAAAAGCAAAGAGCAUGUUUGCAAAAUAGACAUAUUUCUAAAUACACUAAUGCUUAAAAUCCUGGCAGUAAUGUAUCAAGGAGUUGCAAGGAAGAAGUUAGAAUAUAAGGCGGCCAGGAGAAUAAUGUACUUGUGUGGAAAUUGGAAGGCAGGAUAGAUUUCCUGUGAAAUCUACACCCUUAAUUACCUGGCUGUUUGAACACAUGAAUCCCUAACUCAAGAUGUAAAUCGUUUAAAGCAUAAAAUUUCCUAAUUAGAGAGAUGUAAUAAUUACAAAUCAUUUACCAAACUAUAUUUCCUCCUCCUCCUUUCCUAACUGGAGAGGCUUGAAGGAAGCGCUUUCUUUGCCCAACACUCUUUGCUUAUGAGGGUGAGGUGGGCUUGGGGAAAUAGUGACAGAACUAGGAAAAGGCAGCAGUGAUUUAAUAGCAUCCUUACUCAGAAUCACAGAAAGUUCUAUCACAUCUUGCUGUACUGAUUGCAUUUAACUUGGAUCUGGAGAAAUGCAGUACUGUGCCUCAAACCUUGCUUAUUUGCUCACUUGUAUGUGUAAUUUCUGUUACAAAUAUAUUUUCUCACUAUA